AUGUCGGCCUGUGUUGCUGACAGUCUAAGUAUGAGUUCAGACAAAAACACUGUUGAGAUUGUCUCCGAAGACCUGGCUCACAAGCCAAACCCAAUAACCUCGGUGUUGAGUGCUCAGAGUAACAUUUUUGCAGACGAGGAUCACGAUAUCACUCUCACGUUUAUAAGGGAGUACGAGAAAAACGGACCCACGUCAAUGACCGUUGUGGAUUUGAAUGCCGUCACAAAGAAAAUUGACAAACAGAUGAUGCUGAUCAUGUUUUUAUGCUACACCUGCCAAUUUAUCGACAAAGUCGCUUUGAAUUAUGCAAAUAUCAUGGGUUUGAAAAAAGACCUGGGUCUGGUCGGUAACCAGUUCUCUGAUCUCGCGACAUAUUUCUUUGUUGGUUUCCUUGUUUUUGAACCCAUUCAAGGCUUCUUCAUCCAGAAAAACUCGCCUACACGAGUCUUGGCUGUCAACGUCAUGAUAUGGGGUGUGCUUUGCAUGUGCAGCAGUGCUACAUCUAAUUUUGCCGGUAUGCUCAGCGUGAGAGUUCUUUUGGGCUGCUCAGAGGCCGCCAUUGCACCUUGUUUGGUUCUUAUCACGGCUUCUUGGUACACCAGAGGCCAGGCUGCUUUCAGAACGGGAAUCUGGUACUGUGGUUUGGGCGGUGGACAAAUAAUCGGAGGACUCAUUUCUUUUAUAUUCCAGCAGAUAUCUCCUUCGGCACCUUUUCAAGGGUGGAAAAUCAUGUUUCUUGUCGUUGGUUUCGGCAAUCUUCUGGUGGGAGUAGCCGCCUAUUUCUACCUACCUGUCAACCCAGUCGACUGCAGGUUUUUGACUGACGACGAGAAAUAUGCUCUGCUCACUAAACUCAGCGAAGCGAAAAUUGGUGUACAGAGCAAGAAAUUUGUGAAAUCGCAAGUCUGGGAAGCUCUGACCGACAUCACGUUGUACCUUUUUUUUAUUAUCGCUUGCACAAUUUCGUUCUCUUCCAACACUAUUACAACAUUCUCUUCUGUUGACAUCCUUUCGUUUGGCUUUACGUCAAAACAAGCUGCGCUAUUGAAUAUGCCGUCCGGAGCCGUCUCAAUUAUCUCCACGCUCCUUUCGACUUUCUUCAUUAUGAAAGGUUUCCCUAGAGGACUGUCGAUCAUGAUUCUAUGUCUCCCUGCAGUUUGCGGAGGCGCGCUCCUCUCUUUCUUGCCAAAAUCCAACCAAGCUGGACUUCUUGUUGGAAUAUACAUGAUCAACACUAUUGUUGCUCCAUUGGCUAUUGUAUACGCGUGGGUCGGUAAUUGUGUUGCUGGACACACAAAGAAAAUUUGCUUCAACGUUGCGGUCAUGUUUGGGUUUGGUUUAGCUAAUAUCCUUGGUCCACAAUCAUACAGAGCAGACGACUAUCCGGACUACAUUCCGGCAAAAGUCAGCAUGCUUGCAACCCAAGCUGCUACCAUAGGGAUCGCCGCUCUAAUCAAUCUUGUUUAUUUUAUGAGAAACAAGAAAAGAAGUAAGGAGGCAGAAAAAGCCAUUGACGAGGAUGUUGCGGCCGCUUAUCUCAACAAAACCGACUUCGAGAAUCGUUCUUUUAAAUACUUAUAUUAA